CCUAGUUCCUUUUCCAAAGCGCUUGAGUCGUGCGUGAACUGGAGCUCGUCCCGGUCCACUUUGAGCAGCCGAGUCAUACAAUUGGGAAGAUGUUACAUCGUUAAUAUUAAACAUUACUAACAACAAUGUGGCCGUGGCAACGUGACACGCGGCUGGCUGCAGGUCAACUGUCAAGUCGCCACGCUGAUAGAAAAAAGAAAAGCUUCGUGGGCUAAGGCGGCGAAACACACACAGAGAGAGAGAGAGAGAGAGAGAGAGAGAGAGAAAGAAAAUGAUGCAUUGUUCCCCCGCCCACGUGGAGUGGGAGAUCCCUCGCUCGCACACCCACCCCGAGGCCUCCAGGAGCUCUAUAAAAGGAGCAGAGCGCGGAGAGCCUCUCGAGCUGACGGCAGCUGCGAGGAAGAGGAGACGAGUCGCCGCGCAAAAGGAAGAAAAACUCAUAGGAGCUUAAACAACAACAAAUAUAAAAAAAAAAAAAGAAAGAAAGAAAAAACCAGGACGACCAGAAUCGCCCAGCAACAUGGAGUGUCCGUGUUGGUUGUCGGUGGCGCUCUUCUUGUCCAUUCCGGCCUUGGGCUCAGAGUGCUCCAUCUGCAAAAACAUCAACAGGGGGAGGCUGCUGGUGAGCUCAUCUGCCAAUGUCUGCCUGGAACUCUGCAAGUCAGCCAGCCAGAUGCGGCGUCCGGCGCUCAGCAUCAGCGAGGAAAAGGAACUCUCCACGUUGGAGGCCAGGGCAGCAGAAGGGCGGCGCUCGUACCCCAUGGAGCACUUCCGCUGGAGUCAGCCCUCCAGGAACGGGACCCGGGAAGGCCGAGCGGGCUCUCAUCAUGCCGAGAGGAGCUAUUCCAUGGAGCACUUCCGCUGGGGGAAACCCCCCGGCGGGAACAUGACGCCCAGACCCAAGCCGGGACACAAAAGCGCCAAGCGAAGGCACUCGCCAUGGGGCAAACUCCCCAACCGCAAAGCGCUCAAAGGCUCUGCCUUCCCGAGCGAGCCGGCGAGGCCCCGGGAGAGGAAGCGGGGGAGUCCCCGAGACGGCCACGUGAAGAAUGCUCAGGGAUCGCUGACCGGCAUCUUCGGGGACAUUCUUCUCAAGGAUGUGCAGAGGAUCGUCGGCUAGCUGAUUUUUGCAUGUUGCUAUCAAUCACUUUAUGUCUUUGUGUUUCUCGUUCCUUGUUGUAAAAGUCUUGACUGAGCGAAUUGGGUGUCAAACUCAAGCCCAGAUCUGGGCCUACGCCUCAUUUUAGCUUUGACUAAUGUACUGGCUGUGGGACAAGUUGAAGUCUUUGUGGACUAGGCUAGUAAGCGUUGGCCUUGUUUGUAAACAAAAUAAAAAAUGCCAGUGAGUUCCUGA